CGCAUGCGCACUCGGCGCCGUCCGGCCGAUUAGAACGUAGUCCACCGGGGGUGUUCCAUGUGCCGCCGGCUUCCACAGCGGGACAUCAUGUUGUGAGAGAGAGAUGGGGGCCCGGGUGAGCCGCGUUUUUCGGAACUUCAACCUGGAAAAUCGCGCUGAGAGGGAGAUCAGCAAGGCGAAGCCGUUUGCUGCCCCCAUGCACCCCACCACCAAGUCCCUGAUCCUGGAAGAAAUCAACCGCCACCCAGAAUUAGAGGAAAUAGUCAAAAGAAAAGAUGACAAACUGCUCACAUUGUUAAAAGAAGUUUACGUUGACUCCAAAGAUCCUGUUCCACAUGUUCGGGUGAAAGAUGCCAAUAUACCUCAUCCACCGGAGCUUAGACUUCUAAAAGGCAAUCACUUUAACCUCAUGACUUCCCAGAACAUUCCCAAAGGCAAAAUUUCUGUGAUAGAGGCUCUCACUCUACUUAACAAUCAUAAACUUUCUCCUGAAACAUGGACUGCAGAAAAAAUCGCCCAGGAAUAUUAUCUAGAACUGAAAGAUGUUAAAUCCCUUCUCAUGUUUUUUGUUGCUUUUGAUGUAAAGAUCUUCCCUGACAAUAACAAAAAGAAAGCUAUAUCUUCGAAAUGAAAGAAGCCAUCAGAAGCAUUUUCUACCAUGCCCCCCUACAUGUGCCCUUGUCCUAUUCGCCUCCUGAAUGCAUUAAAUUAUGCUGUCAUUUGGUUAAAUGAUCACAGUUCCCUCUUUGUGACCGAAAACUUUUACCUAAUGAGCAGCUAAUUGUGUCAGGCUGAUGGCUGAGCAGGAAAUGUUUUGCUGGUAUUUUGUUCUGCUAUAUUCUAUCAUGUAUAUGUCCAAAUUAGUGAUGAGCUCAACUUUGUGUGUUCCUUAGAAGUGGGAAGGGCAAGCCGUUAUUUUUAGACAUAUCAUAUGACCACUUCUGAAACGGUCACAGUCCUCUGGGAUAUAAUUGAAAAUAUCUAUUUAAAAAUUAAAGGAAAAAAAAUGUUUUCCAAUUCAGGUGGAAAAUACAUUCUUUCCUGGGUUGAGGCAUUUGACCUUAGAGGAAUGAUACUUGGAAGAAUAAUAAGAUAGCAUUUCCCAGGCCAAGAAAGUAAAAAACCAAGAUAAAAAUCAAGAAAAAAAGAAUAUUAUGCUUACAAAAUUACCUUUUAGGAUUGUUCUAGAGGAUGGAAGAGAGAAAGAGAGGUUUGAGAAUUCUGUUGAUUGCAUGUUUAACAUGAAAUGUUUGAUUUCUAAAUUUGUUAGUGGGGAAUCUAAAACCUUUGAUAAGUAUUAAAUCUGGAGUUUGACUAAGGAAAAGAUUUUGGUGUGGCAUGUAUGGGAGAGUACCUGAAAAGUAACCACAUCUGGAUGUAAUGUAUAGCAAGGAAACUAUUUUUUUUCCUUUGGAAGAUGACCUGGAUCCUAGAUGCCAAACAAAUAACUGUGUGAUCCUGGGAAGAUCAUUUAAUGGUCUCUGGCCGUUGGUGCCCACCUUUCUACAAUAAGAAGAUUGGACUGAAUAAUCAUCCCAAUAACUAGCAAGUGUAGAACACUUUAAAGUUUAUAGAACACUGUCCAUGUGUCAUGAAUAAUCUCUAAGGAUUGUUCUAAUUUCAUAGUUUUGACUGAAACUGGUCAGGUAGAAGAAAAAAAUGAGAACCAGAAAGAUGUGCUUGGAAAAUUUGUUAUUGUGGAAAGAAAGUUAGAGCAGUCAAGAGAGAAUCCCCCUUCUAACACUUAUCUAUGUGGAGAGAACACUCUUCAAUUGUAAAAUGGAAGUUGUAAUAUUUGUGAAGGUCAAAUGAGAUAUAAAGUACUUGGCAAAGCUCAUGGUAUUAUGUAUAAAUGUCAGUUAUUUACGUUCUGCCUUAGUUUGAAGCACUGAAUUAUGUUUAAUGGUCAACUUUAAUAUUAUUAGCUAAUAGAUAUCUAGCGAUUUAAGAUCUGCAAACAUUUUAUACAUUUUCUCAUUUGCUAAUCUCAUCUAUGAUUUGAUGCUGUUAUCUGUUUUAUUGAUGAGAAACUGGAGGCUAGGACUGUGUCUUUCUCAGGGUGAACAGCUAGUAAAUAAGGCAGUUUCAUAUUUAAAUUUUAGCAUUCUAAAAUACAGUCACAGCGACUUCUAGAGGAUGCAUAGUGAGAGGAAUACUAACAUUUUUCACUCAGGGAUCCCUUCUAGUUUAAGAUCUAACUAGAAAUAGUUCUCUGAUUUCAGUUUACAGAAUAAUAUCUGGACUGAGGCUCAGUGACUUUAUAGUCCAGGAUCACAUUUGUAGGUCUCAUGAACCCCAAGUCAGUUCCCAUUAGAUGAAGAAGCAAAAUAGAAGGACAAGGGUGCUAUAGAGGCCAGUAAGCAAGUCAGUCAGGAAAUUGCUUGAAUCUUUUGCCAACAUUCUUUAAACUUCUGUUCUUAUUUCAUGGGAGUGAUUCUCAACAUGAGUCCACAGAAAUUCUCCACACACACAGUAUAGGGGAGAAACCGUGGAGUAAAUUAUUUUUUGCAGGCAGAAGAGCAAGCUAGGGAAAGGGAACCUGGAUGCAAAUUGGGAAUUUUUGAUUGAAACUAUUUCCAAGUGCACUUUUCAAAUACUCCUUAUUGCUACAUUGUGUUUGGCCAAAAACGUACUUGUUUUCAAAAAUGAUAUAGGUAUAGCUAUAAAUAUUGCUUUUAAAAACUCAUGUCAUGGAUUUACACCAACUCUGUUCUCUUAUUUUCAUUGCCCAUUCUGUUCUGUUUGAGCCAACCUGCAAAUCUAUAAAUAUAGCAUUGGUUUAACAUAUUGUGAUGAUUUCUUUCUAGGCAGCUAUAAAUACAACUGUUGCUGCUAUAUGUUAUAUAACAUGAUGUAAUAAAAGUAGUUGCUUUAUUUAAAACAUUCAUGGAGGGAAUGGCAUGAACUUUGGUUGCUUUAUAUUGUCUUAUCAGUAUAAGAUAUCUAGCAGUGCAGUAACUUAACUGCAUCCUCAAAUUGUCUUUUUCUGAUUCUUUUCCAUUUAGCCUCAGAUUCAGAACUGUAAUGUCAGUAUAUUUUUUUCAGGCAGGUAUGAAUGUGAUUAAAACUUAUCAUGCACUGGUAAUAAAUACUGUGAAAGAAAGAAAUAAAAAAUGGCCACAUUUAAGUGACCUAAAGGGAUUAAAAGUCACUUUUUCUCUCUUA